AUGGCUAAUAAUAUACAAGUGCGUCAUCCUGCUGGUAAAACAUCAGCAGCAUUUACAUUAUUUAUUGAAAAUUAUGGUCCUUACCAACCAAUAGAUGUUGAAUUUAUCAAGAUAAAUGGUAGAUCAUUUAGAACUGAAUGGUAUAGCCAAUUCCCAUGGAUUGAGUUCAGUGAGCAUUUACAAGCAGCUUUUUGUUUCAAUUGUAGAGUGUUUGCAUCGAAAAAUGCAGAAAAGACUUUCACUAAUUUUGGUUUUAAAAAUUGGAAGAAAGGAAUAGAGAAAUUUACUCAACACCAAAAAUGUAAUGCACACAAAGAGUCUACAUGCAAAUUGUCAAGUUAUACGUUUUCUAAAAAGAAUGGAUCAGUGAUUUCUGAAUUGAAUUUAGCACAUAAGAAUUCUGUAACUCAGAACCGAGAAUAUAUUAUAUGUCUAUUAAUAACCCUUUUGUUUUGUGCAAGACAAGGUAUAGCAAUGAGAGGACACAAAGAAACAGAAAUGUCAACAAAUUGUGGAAAUUUUCUCGAACUUUUAAAAUUGAGAGCACAAUUAGCAAUUAUUCAUAAAUAUUAUAUCGAAAAAGAAAUGUCAUUUACCUAUACAAAUCCUGAAUACCAAAAUUUAUUUUUAAAAUAUAUGGCAGAUAGCAUUAAAAAAUCCAUCAUAAAAGAUAUUCAAAGUAAUGGCUUUUACAGUAUUUUGGUGGAUGAAACUCAAGAUUUGAGUUAUCAUGAACAAGUUUCUAUUUAUAUCCGAUACGUUGAUCAACAUUUUGCCCCACAUGAGUAUUUUUAG